AUAGACAAACAGAAGAUGUUCUUUCAGGGACUUCGACAGAUUCACGUGUCCAUAAGCCAGAGAAUCAUCAUAGCUGUCUUCAACAACAGGCUUCACCUGUCUCAUCUCAUCUUCUAUUUAACCCACAAAAGUAAGCAGCUAGAGAGGAUGACCAUAAAAAGUGACAGACGGGACUUACUUCCAAAGAAACUGCAACGGGAGAACCUGUCUGACAGCUGAGGAAUCAUCCGUUUUGUUGAGCGACCGGCUUCCCCCGCCUCAUCCUCCAGUAAAGACACAGAGGGGAAUAGAUCCAACCGUCUCUUCCCUCCUCUUCCCCCCAACCUGUGCCGUUACUGGUAUUUCCUGGAUUUCAGCAUUCAGUCAAAACCAGGAAUAUGUCAGUGACAGCUAAUCACAAAACCCUGCGACCCCUUCUGGUUACCACCAUUAUUCUAGGAGUUUUUGUAGCUGCAUUUUUAAUGUAUAUUAAACCAUCCACAAGUAUGAUCUAUGAGUUGGCCAAAUCAAAGGUUUCUACAGUCCAAGUCAUCCAGCCAAAUUCAACCGUAGUGCUUGUUUGGCUUUGGCCCUUCGGGAAAACCUUUGAUCUCAGUGUCUGCAGCUCUCACUUCAAGAUCGAAGGUUGUGUCAUCACAGCGGACAGAAGCCUCUACAGUAAAUCUCAUGGGGUCAUUAUUCAUCACCACGAUAUCUCUGCAAACCUGUCCAACCUGCCACGGACCCAGCGACCACCAUUCCAGAAGUGGAUAUGGAUGAACAUGGAGUCACCGACGCAUUCGCCCAAGCAUCCUGGAAUCGGGAACUUGUUCAACCUGACUCUCAAUUACCGUCGGGAUGCUGAUAUUGCGUUGCCUUAUGGGUCCAUCAUAGCAGCAGAGACCAAGAAUUUUGUACCACCGACAAAAGACAAGCUCAUCUGCUGGUUUGUGAGCAACUGGAACCAGGACCACGAGCGGGUGAAAUAUUAUGAUGAACUUAAGAAUCACGUUGAGAUUCAUGCAUAUGGAAACGCCUUUGGGAGUCACAUAUCUGACGAAGAUUACUUUUCCACCAUGGGCAGCUGCAAGUUCUACUUAGCUUUCGAGAACUCAAUCCACAAGGACUACAUGACUGAGAAACUGUACAACCCGCUGUCCGUGGGCACAGUCCCGGUGGUUCUCGGCCCACCGAGGAAAAAUUACGAAAACUUUGUUCCAGGAAACGCUUUCAUUCACGUGGACGACUUUUCUUCACCCAAAGAGCUGGCCGAGUACCUGCUGCUCCUGGACCAGAACAUGGCAAUAUACCUCCAGUACUUUGAGUGGCGACGGCACUUUGAAGCAAGGAAAACCUAUUUCUGGGCGGAGCUCACAUGCCGGGCUUGUGAUUACCUAAAAAGGCAAAAAGUGUACCAGGCAUUCAAUAGUCUAGACAACUGGUACUGGGGCCAAUAGUGCUUUAGAGACAAAUACAUACCUAUACAUACAACAUCAAAAUAAGUGAGGCAUCAUGACAGAAAAUAUCUGCAUUUGCUUUGCUAAUCCGGCACUAGUGUGCACCUUUAAAUAUGAAAAAAAGUACUGACACAAAGUCAACAGAUGAAGUAUUUUGUGGAGGAUAAAUAUCAGGUUACUUUAUCGUUUACAGCAACAGAACCACAUUACCGUCUUAUGCAGUAUAAGCCAGCAGCUUCUUCGUCAAGUUGUCAAACCAAUUUCAGGCCAUUUCAGGCAAUUGCAAUUCUGAACCCUUGUUUUUAAGACAAAUUAAUUUAUUUUUCUAGAAUAGAUUUGAGGCCAGAAUAGAUUCUGGCCUCAAAUGCUGUACUGAAAUUUGUCUGUUAAUCUACUAAUAUGUUUUGUUUUAUGUACUGUUGACAGUAUAUCUCUGCCUCUCCUCUCUCUGUUCUUCAUCCUCUCUUUUCUAUCUCCCUCCUCAUGUAUUCAUCCAUCCAGCUGGCCUUUGUAAAGUCCCCCCUUAUGAACCAGGUCUUGCUCAAGGUGUCUUCCCUCUUUAAGGGGAGUUUGUCCUGUUUGACUGUAUAAAACAGUGGAUGCAGUAUUAGGUCACCUGACCCAUUGGUUUCUGAAGGGUGGUUUUGAAGCCUGUUUUUCUUCGUACGGGGCACAGCCAUGUUGCUUCCCUAAAGGGAAAACACCUACUGUAUUUCAAAGUUAGCGCCUGAACCCAGCCGAAAUAUCAUUAGAACUGUCAUCAGACAUCUACAGCAGGGUAUACAGUUUGAGUCGAUGGCAAAAUCAAUAAUGACAGCCACAUUUAGACAACCGUGGGUUAAUACAAACGGCUAUUUGAUUUGAUAAGCAAAUCAAAGCAUGAGGACGCAUCAGGAAGAGAUAACAGCUAGCCAUUGGCUGAGCAAUCAUCAAUCAUUUUAGAAAUAAAUGUAAUGCUUAAUAUGAACUCUCCUGACUUGGUACAAAAAGAUCCCAAGAAUUGUCAUGGGUGCAAAGUCAAACAAUUGAGACUGUUUUUUGGAUCAGGCUGUAAAUAUGUUUAUUUCUGCUCUAAAGUUGGACACGUAGGUCAAUUAAGAUAGACUCGUUUUUGCAGCCACUUGAGGAACUGCAAUGAACCUUAGGAAGUUGGAGGCUUGAUUUUUCCUUGCCACUGUUUGGCACUGUUUUUCUGCCACUAGGGGAUAUUUUACCUGUCAUUGUUUAUUUAAUAAUUGUUCAGGGGUCAUGCUCUGGAUUUCUGGAAAACACCUAGAGACAAUUGGUAUUGUAAUAGACGCUAUAUAAAUUAAACUGAAUUGAAUUGAAUCUUGCACUAAAUAAAAUUGGAUCUUAUAAGGCUUA